AUGUCAAGGAAUAAUAACAAUAAUAAUAAUAAUAAUACAAGACGUGAUCCUAUGAAAAUGACAAAUAUAAAUAAAUCUAAUAAUCAAGAUGGUGAUGCAUUAGAUACUGUUAUUAUCCCAUUAAAUUCUUCAUCAUCAUCAACAAAAAUUCAUCAAACUAAAAAUGGAAUUUCUAAAUUAUUAUUUAUUUUAUUAAUUCUAUUACUUAUUUUAAUAUUAUUAUUUUUAAUUAUUGCAUCAAUUAUUGCAAUUUAUUAUUCAAAUGCAUAUUAUAAAUGUCAAACAAUUAAAGAUGCUGAAAUCAAUCAUUUAAAAUGUAAUGAGCUUGAUGAAAUUUGUACUUCAGAAAAUGUAACAGAUGAUCUACUACAACGAGCACUUGAAUCAUUAUCAAAUCGAUCAAUGAAAGAUGUACGAUUACCAUAUACAGUAAUACCAAGUUUUUAUGAUUUAAAACUUCAAGUACAUUUACAUCAAGGCAAACCAGAAACAUUCUUUUUUAAUGGAUCUGUUACUAUCAAAAUUUAUUGUUCAAUAUCUACUAAACAAUUCUUUGUACAUGCUCAUAGUCGUUUAAAUAUUAGCUUAGAUAAAAUCAGUAUAUCUAUUCUAAGUGAUGAUGGUAAUCCAAAUGGUAAUAUUGAUCUUAAAAAUAUUUCUUAUGAAGAAGAUUUAGAAUGGUAUAGAAUAGAACUGGUACAUUCACUUCAACCUUUUACUUAUUAUGAAUUAACGUUUGGACAAUUUCGUUCAGCUUUAAACGAUGAAUUGAAAGGUUGGUAUUUGAGCAAGUAUAUAGAAAAUGGAACAUAUAAAUAUCUUGCAACUAGUCAACUUCAACCAACUGAUGCUAGACGUGUAUUUCCUUGUUGGGAUGAGCCUGGAUUUAAAGCACAAUUUCAGGUUAGUCUAAUACGUCAAAAAGAUUAUCAUUCACUAUCAAAUAUGGCUUUGGAAAGUACUGAAGAACUUAAUGAUAAUUGGUAUCUUGAUAAAUAUGAACCAAGUGUUAAUAUGUCAACAUAUUUAUUAGCAUUUGUAGUCUCACAAUUUGCAUCGAUUCGUGGUAUUGAUUCUAAAGGAAGAAAUUUUACUGUAUGGACAAGAUCAGAGAAAAUUAAUUCAGCGAAAUAUGCUCUUGAAACAGGAAAGAAAAUUAUUGGAUUUUUUGAAGAAUAUUUUGAACUUCCUUAUCCAUUGAGAAAAACAGAUAUGGUAGCGGUGCCUGAUUUUGCUGCUGGAGCAAUGGAGAAUUGGGGUCUUAUGAUAUAUAGAGAAGCAACAAUGUUAUGGGAUCCUGAAUUUGGAACAGCAGCUACUCAACAAAAAGUGGCGACGGUUAUUUCACAUGAAGUUGCUCAUCAGUGGUUUGGAAAUUUAGUUACUUUAAAUUGGUGGGACGAUCUAUGGUUAAAUGAAGGUUUCGCAAGUUUUGCUGAAUAUAUUGGAGUGGAUCAUGUUCACCCAGAGUGGGGAAUGGAUGAACAAUUUCUUCUGGAUGAUAUACAAAAAGUGUUGAUUAGUGAUUCGUUAGCAACAUCUCGGCCAGUUAUACAACCUGUUUACUAUCCAAAUGAAAUUAAUGAAAUUUUCGAUCCAAUUUCUUAUAAUAAAGGUGCGUCCGUUUUGAGAAUGAUGGAGUCAUUUAUGGGUCGAAACACAUUUCGUGCAGGUGUAAAAAAUUAUCUAUAUCAAAACAAAUAUAAAAAUACUGUUCAUGAAGAUUUGUGGAGGGCGCUCACUGAGGCAGCAAAGCGUGCAGGUAAAGAUGUGAAUGUUAAAGCCGUAAUGGAUACCUGGAUGAAACAGAUGAAUUACCCAUUAGUAAUCAUUCAAAGAAAUACUGAUGGCCAAUUUCAGUUUGUACAAAAACAUUACUUAGAGCCACAGGAUGCUAAGUCGCCGAAAAAUCCCUCACCAUACAACUUUACUUGGAAAAUACCAUUGACUUAUGGAUCAGCAAAGACUAUUAACUGGGAUGAAACAGAUGUCAUUUGGAUGAUGAACAAGACAAUGACCCAAACACUAGAUGUUGCAGAAAAUUCUUGGUAUUUAUUCAACAUUAAACAAGCUGGAUUUUAUCGUGUUCAUUAUGCUGACAAUAACUGGGAACUAUUGACAGAACAGUUGUAUAAAGACCAUCGUGCUAUUCCACUUCAUUCACGAACACAAAUUUUGGAUGACUUAUUCAACUUGGCGAAUCGUGCUACUGUUUCAUACGAUGUCUACUUAAAUCUGACAAAAUAUUUGAAAAAAGAAGAUCAGUAUGUUGUAUGGGAAACGACUCGUCGAGCAUUAUCUUAUUUAGACCGUAUGCUUGCCAUGGACGAGAGUUAUGGAGCUUUUCAAGCAUAUUUGCGUACGCUCGUAGAUGAUCCUCUUAAAUCAGUGGACUGGACAACAAUGAAAGAAGAUAAAGAUCAUAUGAAGCAUAUGUUACGCCUGACAUUAACUCGUCUAGCAUGUCAAGCUGAACAUCAUUCAUGCGUUAAAAUGGCUACAGAAUAUUACAGAAAUUGGAUGAUUAAUCCUUCACAAAAUUUGAUCCCACCAAGUUUGAGGCCAGCUGUUUAUUGCACAGCAAUUAGAAUCGGUGGACAAAAAGAAUGGGAGUUCCUAAAACAACGUUUAUUAGAAGUAGAUAUUAAAGAGGAUGAGAAAAAUAGUAUUUUACAGGCAUUGUCUUGUUCUCGUGAUAUGUGGAUAGUAAGACUACAUUUGGAAUGGGUCAUAAAAAAUAAUCAAAAAGAUCCUCAGGAUUUAUUGGAUGCACUUUCAUCUGUGGCAUUGUAUCCUAUCGGCCAGACACUUCUAUGGGAACAUAUUCGUGAAGCGUGGAGAUUUAUAAUGAAUGAAGGGAAAAACGCAACUCGCCCAACUGCUAAAGCCGCUUCAUCUGAUGAUCUCAAUGACAUUUGCAAGUAUCACCAAACCGCAAACUCUGGGCGUCAUAAUGAGUGUGUACUAACUGUUAUUCUUAAAAUAUUAUCCAAACGUCAUUACACACUGAAUAACAUACCGGAUCAAGAAGAAGUACUUGCUAUGCAAAAUUCUGGACAAAAACUACUUGAAAAUCAUGUUCUGAAACGUGGAUUAAAUGAUUUGUUUAAAAGGUCAAAGGAAAACAUGAAAUGA